UAUGAGAGGGUUUUCUUCUUUGGCUUGUAGAGCUUUACCAGCAAUUAGAAAUCUCUCACAAGAAUUACACAAUCAGAGCAAACCCAUUAUACAAAAAUCCCCAGAGGUCAAGCCUUUAACAUCUCUUGAUGAAAACCACACCAACAACAACAGAGAAAUAAUAUCAACAGGUAAGUCUUCCUUGAAUUCUCAGCUUAAAAAUCCCAACUUGUCUUCAAUUUCAAAGAGUCGGAUCUCAUUUGAUAAACAUAAAUUACAGAAAAAGCCUGUUGAUCAAAAUUACAUUUCUCAGAUUCUUUCAAGGAAAGACUGGUAUUUGUUGCUAAACCACGAGCUAAAAGCAAAAAGAAUGAGUUUGAAUGCUCAAUUAAUUGUGAGUAUUUUGCACAAUCAAGAGAAACCAUUGCAGCAUUUAAGAUUUUAUGUCUGGGUAUUGAAUAUCAACCCGUUAUUCGCAAAAAAUCAAUCAAUUCGGGGUGUUUUGGCAAAUGCCCUUUACCGUAAAGGUCCAGUUUUGUUGUCUGCUGAGUUAAUACAAGAUAUUAGGAAUUCUGGUUGUCGAAUUACAGAGGAUGUUCUUUGUGUUUUAAUUGGUAGUUGGGGAAGAUUAGGGCUAGCAAAGUACUGUGCUGAAGUUUUCGAGCAGAUCUCAUAUUUGGAUCUUAGCUCAAGUACGAGACUGUAUAAUGCUGUGAUUGAUGCAUUGGUCAAGUCCAAUUCGCUUGACUUGGCUUAUCUUAAAUUCCAACAAAUGCAGAUUGAUAAUGUUAAUCCCGAUAGGUUUACUUAUAACAUUCUCAUUCAUGGAGUUUCCAAAGUUGGUGUGGUGGAUGAGGCGCUUCGUUUAGUGAAAAAGAUGGAGGGAAUGGGAUAUUCACCCAACGUGUUUACAUACACAAUUUUAAUUGAUGGUUUCUGUAAUGCAAGAAGAGUGGAUGGAGCCUUUAGCAUAUUAGAGAGAAUGAAGGAGAGCAAUGUGAGUCCGAAUGAAGCUACAUAUAGAUCACUGGUUAACGGGUUGUUUCGUGCUCUGCCCCCACUUAUGGCGUAUGAAUCAUUAUGUAGCUUUGUGGAGAGGGAGCUCAUCUUGCCUAAAUUGGCUUGUGAUGCUAUACUGCAUUGCCUUGCUAGUAUUUUUUUACCGCGAGAGGCAGCUUUAUUUUUGAGAAAAACUAGGGAGAAAGGUUACAUUCCCGACUGCUCAACAUUUAACAUUACAGCAAUGUGUCUGAUUAAGGGAUUGGAACUUGAGGAUACAUGUGAGAUAUUGGAUAGUUUACUUGAGAAAGGUACGAAGUUGGGAUUUAAUGCUUAUCUGGCACUUAUUGAGGCUCUGUACAAGGCUGGAAAAGUAGGGGAGGGGAAUCGGUAUCUAAAUCAGAUGCUCCAGGAUGGACUUGUAGCAAACGUCUUCUCGUAUAACAUGGUAAUUGAUUGCUUCUCCAAAAAUAAAAUGAUGGGCAGGGCAUCAGAGAUUUUCAGAGAGAUGUGUCAAAGAGGUAUUGCUCCUAAUCUUGUCACUUUCAAUACCCUUAUCAGUGGACAUUCCAAAGCUGGACAGGUAGGUAAGGCACGAGAGCUUCUGCUGAUGCUCUUAGAGCAUGGUUUCGAACCAGAUAUUUUCACUUUUAGUUCAAUUAUAGAUGGUCUUUGCCGGGUGCACCAGAUUGAGGAUGCUUUUGAUUGUUUUACAGAAAUGCUAGAGUGGGGAGUCACUCCAAACAAUAUUGUAUACAAUAUCUUAAUCCACUCGUUAUGUGUCAUCGGGGAGGUUACAAAAGCGACAUCAUUGUUAAAGAAGAUGCGAGGUGAUGGUAUAAGGCCAGAUGUCUUCUCUUUUAAUGCUCUUAUUCAAAGUUUUUGUAGAAUGAAUAGGGUUGAGAAAGCGCAGAAGCUUCUCCAAAUCAUGUUGGCAUUGGAUUUGAGUCCGGACAAUUUUACCUACAGUGCAUUUAUCAAGGCAUUAUGUGAAUCAGGAAGAUUUGAUGAAGCUAAAGCGUUGUUCCUCUCAAUGGAGGCAAAUGGGUGCAUCCCUGACUCUUAUACAUGUAAUUCGUUUUUUAAUGAUCUGGUUAAGUCGGCUCACGUUGAAGAGGCCCGAGAUAUAUUUCUGAAAUACAAAGAGAAGGGAAUUGCACUAAAACCCAUCGCUGUUUCUCAAAAUGAGGCGCUGGUCAGAUUGUCUUUUCUUCAUACUGAUUCAUGAGUUUGGACUUCUUUGGGUAGCCUUUGGCUUUAACAGCAAAUAUAGCUAUCAAUUGCCAGGCUGUUUUUCUUACUGCAGUGUGGAAUCAAGUAACUCAUUUUUUAAUGCUCUGGUUCAGUUUGCUCACUUUGAAGAGGCCCAAGAUAUAUUCCUGAGAUACAAAGGGAGGAAUGGCACUAGAACCCAUCCCUGUAUUGAAGUAUGAUGCUUUGGUCAGGUUGUCUUUAGUUGAUACCAAUGCAUGAGCUUCAGCUUCUUUGUGUAGCUUUUGGCUUUGAAAGCAAAAAAUACUAUCAAACACCAGGCUUCUGUUUUCCCUACCGCAUUGUGGAAUCAGCAUCUGGUAGUUUUCUGAGGAGCAUGAUGUUUCAAGAACUGCUUUCCUUGGUUUUGUACAAAUAAAUUGACGGGAAUGUGGAAAACAAUAGGUCAGUUCUUCUGACAUAGCCAGGAAUCCACCUUUUUUUUUUUUUCCACGCAAGACCUUCUUUGUUUUGACUGGUGAGAAAAGAAUAUUGACUAGUUCUUCUAAUCAAAACCAGACUGAAAUCAGGCUUUGAGAACUCAUCACAAAUGCUGCAGGAGAGUUGGUGGUCUAUGACCAUGCCAUCUGCAUCACUUCUUGGAAGUUCAAUCUUCAAGUGGUUGAGAUAAUAUGUGUGGCUUAAGAGGGCUUGUCUCAGAUGCAAUGGGAGAGUUCGUGGUUUUGAAGCUCGAUGUUCAAGUGGUUGGGGUUCUAUGGCCUCUACCUGGCUUGGGACUGGGAGAUUCUUAGCAGCUGUAUAAGUUCAUUAGAAGUCUGGUGGAGGUUUGCUAACUCACCCUCCUUUGGGAGUGUCCCAGGCCUUGGAGAAAGAAGGUGUUAAUCGAGUCUUGUAUUACAUUUAGUUCAGGUUAGUUUAGCUUCAUAUACAGUACUAGUCAAUGUAAUUAUUAUCCAAUAUUAACUUCAUUUGUUUAAUAUGUCAUGUUCAGAUUGGCAUGCAUAAACAGUGAACCAGA